UCAUUCAGAUCAGUCGUACGCGAACCUUAAAGAAAAUCGCGCGCACAAUGAACAGCCUGGCGCGUAAACUUAUCACGAGUGAAUUAAAAAAAAUAAAAUGGCAAAGGAAAAUGUCUGUCAGUGCGCCUUUGAGGAAAGACGAGGAUUUCAUCAUAAAGUCUUUUCUGCCGGAAAAGAAAAUUCCUGAUAUGAAACUGUUGGACAGAGUUUGGAGGGAAUCCGCGGGAUUUAAAAAGUUAGUUGCAUUGGAAUGUGCUGAGACAAAAAAAUCAUACACAUACGAGCAACUUCAGCACAAUACGGGCAUCUUUGCGACAUCUCUUCUAAAGAAGUUCGACCUGAAGCAAGGCGAUAUCGUGGCUAUCAUGCUACCCAACUGCCCCGAGUUUGUGGUGACAGCCUUAGGGAUUGUACAGGCUGGGUGCACGAUGACCACUAUCAACCCUAUUUAUAAAGAAUUAGAACUCACUCAUCAAUUAUCCUUAACCAGGCCAAAACUAAUCGUGACGACAUCAAAAUGCUACGACACAAUAAAACAAGCAAUGUACAAUGCUAACCUUGAUUUGAGAAUUAUAAUAAAAGAUAGCACAGAGAUACCAAUACCAAAUGGCACAGUCAGAUUCACAGAAGUAGCAGAAAAUGGUGAAAUAGAUAAUGCCCUAUUGGAAAAAGUAGAAAAACGAAAGCCUGAUGAUAUAGCAGUCAUUCCAUUUUCGAGCGGGACAACUGGUAUGCCGAAAGGAGUGGAGAUUACUCACAGGAACGCCAUUGCGGCUAUUGAAAUUAUGUCGGAGGAAAGAAAUUGCUAUCCUAUACUUACGACUGAUUCGUUCCAAGAUGUAGUGCCGUGUAUUUUGCCAUUCUUCCACAUCUAUGGACUAGUGGUUAAUCUACUUGGACACCUGACACACGGAUGCAAACUUAUAACCAUGUCUACGUUCUCAACUGGAUUGUUCUUAGAUGUUCUAAAAAAUCAAAAGGCGAGCCUUCUCUAUAUAGUACCUCCUAUUGCUGUGUUACUAGGUAAGCAUCCAGACGUGACCAAAGAUCAUUUGAAACAUGUAAGACGAAUCUCAAGCGGCGCCGCUCCGUUAUCCGCUACUGAUGUUCAAUUGGUUAUGGAAAAAAGUAACGGUAACCUAGCAUUCGGCCAAGGAUACGGAGCGACGGAGACGACAUCCUUGACUACAGCAACGCUGAUCGGUACUACUCCGGACUUCGCUUCCAGCGGGGUGCUUAUGUCCAACAUAGAACUUAAGUGCGUUGAUCCCCUGACUGAGAACCCUGUUCCUUGUGGAGAACAAGGAGAAUUGUACAUCCGAGGACCAGUAGUCAUGAAGGGUUACCAUAAGAACGAAAAAGCGACAGCAGACAGUUUGACAGAGGAUGGCUUUUACAAAACCGGUGACUUGGGUUACUACGAUAAGGAUGUUGGGCUGUAUGUCACAGACAGAAUCAAGGAACUCAUUAAGGUUAAAGGUCUCCAAGUAAUGCCAGCAGAACUAGAAGGCAUCCUUCGAUCUCACCCAGCCGUCGCCGACGCAGCAGUUAUCGGCAUGCCACACGAAUACCACGGAGAAGCACCCAGAGCCUUUGUCAUACCUAAAAGUGGAUUCAAACUCUCAGAAGAAGAACUACAGAGCUUCGUAGCAGAGAAAGUAGCGCCGUACAAGAAGAUAGAAGAAGUAGUGUUUGUAAAUGAUAUACCUAAGACGAAUACGGGAAAGAUUUUGAGAAGGGAGUUGAAGAAAAUGUACGCGUGAGGCGUGGAGGUGAGAUUUUAUUAGCGAGAUAAUAUACAUAUGUAGGUGCUAGCUAAAAUUGUAAUGUUUGUUCAAUGAUAAAAGGUUGAUGCGCGUCAUAUAAUAGGUCAUUAACACAUUUAGUACUAAGAACCCUAUCAAUAGGUGUGUUAAUUUUAUAUUGGAAAUGGGGCGAUUGGCACUGAAAGUCUUAAGCUUGUCGUGUGUGUAACAGAGUUUUUCACAUUGUCCGAUCCGAUAUCGGAUAUUGGAUACGACUACAAAGAAGCAAGUGCCGCGGCCGGCUCCUAAUGCAACCAUAAUGUGAUUUGUAACGUUUAGUUUGAAAAUAUGUUUUUAUAGUAAUGCUAGUUAAGUUAUUUAUAUGGGCCACUAGUUGUCUUAAAUAAUAAUUUACAUUUCAUUUAAAUAGUAAAAAGUGUGUUUUAUAUUUUUUAUACAUUUAAAUAUUCUAUUUGGUUUCAAAGAAAGCGUCAAUGCAAAUAUAAAAGGACUUCUUACCAAAGGGCAUUUUCUAGAAUCUAUUUUUGUAAUUUGCAUGUGAAGCCGAUGUUCCGGGGUCUGGGUUUGAAUCCCGGUAAGGGCAUUUAUUUGGGUGCUGAACACAAAAUAUUUGUUCCUGAGUUAUGGCUGUUUUCUAUGUGUAUAAGUAUGUAUUUAUGUAUAUAAGUACCUAUGUAUAUCGUCGCCUAGCACCUAUUACAAGCUUUGCUUAAUUUGGGGCUAAGUUGAUCUUUGUCAGAUGUUCCCUAGUAAUUAUUUAUUUAUUUACUUCCAUUUGACAACAAUGUAAAUAGUUAUUUUGUUUAUUAAAUGAAUAAAUAUAAUAAUAUGUUCCUGAGAAAUAACUUCUCGUCGUGGUCAAUUUGAAAUUUAUUUUUAAAAUAUCGUCUGUGAUCUAAUGCCUGUUUUUGGCUGAGUUUUUGUAGAUUAAGUUUGGUGUUGUUUAUUUAACUUUAUUAAACAUUUUUACGCGAAGUUUAUUUUUUUAUCUAUAUAAUGCAUUACCUUUCUUAUUCGGCUGAUGAUUAUAUUUCUUGUCUGCAUGCCUUUCCUCAAUUGAAUUUAUUGAAUGAGAAACAACCUUAAUAUACUUAAUUAAUUUAUAAUUGUAUAUAUAAUUCCGGUUAGAAUGGUAAUUAUAAUAUAUAACUUGAUAUAACUGGUGCGAUGAACUUUGUACUGAUAACAU